AUGAUUCUAUUGCUAAAGAAAGCUGCUCAACAGGGCCGACGUACUGAAGAUCCCUCAUGCUGUGCGUCAGGUGAAAAGUUGCAUGUAUUCUUAUUUUAUGUUGCUAUUUCACCGUUCCGUUUUAAGGCCCUGAAGUGCUUGCUUGUCAUUCCUGCAAGCAAUGCGGACCCCGAACGCAGUUUCUUCCACGGUAAUAGACUCACACGAACCGAUCGGAACAACCUGGGAACUCCAAUGUUGGAUGCUCUAAUGAGGGUACACAGAGACGGACCCAGCCUGCUCACUGUUAAGCCGAAGAACUUAGUCCGACAGUGGAUGACUCCGCUUCCUGGCCUGGACCUUCGUCCCCACAUGCCCUCCACUUUUGUUAGAUCGGAUAGUUUCAUGAAGGACGUGAAAGAUGCCAUGCUGAAAGGAGACACAGAUGCGCUUCUGGAUCUCUACGUCACUCAUUACAUGACCAAGAAUCGAUUAAACGAUAGACAUGACGCCCAAAAGAUAAUGAAAGUGAGACGGGAGCUCGAAACUUCCAAGCGAUGA